AGAAAGCAAAACACAGACAAUGCUGGAAAUAUGUGGAAGGAUUGCAUGUUUGACAUUAUGAUAACAAGGAAUUCUAGAAGAGAAGAAUAUUUAAGGAGCAAGCUUCAUCAAUUCACUAUGGACAAUUUCAUUCUAUUCUGGAUGACCAUUCUCAGUAUUCUCAACUGUACCAGAUUGCCCCCAAGGACACAAGGCUGACUUUUGCCAUAGUCUCCUUAAUGCUUCAUUUCAACUGGACCUGGGUGGGGCUGGUCAUCUCUGAUGAUGACCAAGUUCUACUACACUCUGAAGAACAUGCAAUUUAUUAACUCUGUUGGAGAUAUAGUGACUAUUAAUGAGAAAAAAAAAUUUGAUGCAGACUAUGAUAUUUUCCACAUUUGGAAUUUUCCACAACAUCUUGGAAUAAGGGUGAAAAUAGGACAGUUUUCUUCAUAUCUGCCCCAUGGUCAGCAGUUGAGUUUGUCUGAUGAGGCAAUAGAGUGGAUCAAAGGGAGUAUGAAGAUUCCUUCCUCUGUAUGCAGUGUGCCUUGCAGGCCUGGUUUGAGGAAGUCCCAACAGGAGGGAAAGGCAGUGUGUUGUUUUGAUUGCGCCCCCUGCCCAGAAAAUGAAGUUUCUAAUAAAACAGAUAUGGAUCAAUGUGUGAAGUGCCCAAUCGACCAGUAUGCCAACAUAGAGCAAAUUCACUGUCUCCAAAAACGUGUGACGUUUCUGUCUUAUGAAGACCCCUUGGGGAUGGCUCUGGCUUUCUUGGCCCUGUGCUUCUCUGCACUCACUGCUCUUGUUCUUGGGGUUUUUGUGAAGUACCAAGACACACCAAUUGUGAAGGCCAAUAAUCGAACAAACAGCUACAUCCUGCUCAUCUCCCUCAAGUUUUGUUUUCUCUGUCCAUUACUCUUUAUUGGAUAUCCCAACACAGCCAAAUGCAUCCUGCAGCAGAUCACAUUUGCAGUUCUGUUCACUGUGGCUGUGUCCACUAUCUUGGCCAAAACAAUUACUGUGGUUCUGGCCUUCAAGGUCACUGCUCCAGGAAGAAAGAUGAGGGGGCUGCUGGUAUCAGGAGCACCUAAUUUCAUCAUUCCUAUCUGUACCUUGAUCCAACUUGUUCUCUGUGGAAUCUGGCUGGGAAUAUACCCACCUUUUGUUGACACUGAUGCCCACUCAGAACAUGGGCACAUCAUCAUUGUGUGCAAGAAAGGCUCAGUCACUGCUUUCUACUAUGUCCUGGGAUACCUGGUAUCUCUGGCUGUAGGGAGCUUCACUGUGGCUUUUCUGGCCAGAAACCUGCCUGACACAUUCAAUGAAGCCAAGUUCCUGACCUUCAGCAUGCUGGUGUUCUGCAGUGUGUGGGUCACCUUCCUUCAUGUCUACCACAGCACCAAGGGGAAGGCUAUGGUGAUGGUGGAGGUCUUCUCCAUCUUGGCCUCCAGUGCUGGGAUGCUAGGUUGCAUCUUUUUCCCCAAGUGCUACAUCAUUUUAUUAAGACCUACUAGAAAUUCUCUUCAGAGGAUCAAGAAAAAAGAUGUUGUUCCACCAGCUGAUUUUUAA